UAAUGCUUCUAAGCAGCUGUCCCAGUUUAUUUUGUGUUGAUUUAGUAAAUAAAUGUAUAUGAAAAUUAAGCGCUCGUUUCAAAUUGAAGUUUUUGUUUUUGCUCAAAAAGACAAAAAUAUAAGUAAAAUCUAACACCGAUCAAGACUAGCAAGCUGUCCGUAGAAAUUACCGUGCAUUGCAUUGCAAUUGAUAUACGUCCGAGCGAAUCCGGUGAACAGCAUGUGCCCCAAUCAGGGUGUGGAGGGCAGUCUCUUGCCGGACUGCCACAUUGCCAAUCGUGUAUUCAUGUACUCGGUGCUGCACUCGAUGCAGGCCGAGGAGCGGCGCAACGAGGAGGUGGAUGCCGAGUUGCGCGAUCGCUAUGAGGUGUUCCGUCAGGUUCUGCACAACUUUCCCAUACCGCUGCAUGCCCGGCCCGAAGGCACCUACGACUACGACUAUGUGUACGAUGCACUGCAGCAGCAGCGCCAGCGUCGGCGCCAUUUGUCGGGCGCACAGAGCAGCACAUCCAUGGAGAACAAUGCCAGUGAAUCGAGCGCCAGUCUCUCCAGUCUCGUGUCGAGCGUCAGUGGCAGUUCCAAUCUAUCCGCACGCUGCGAUUACUACGAGGAUGCGGUGCGCAGCGCUCUGGCCCAGUUGGGCGGAGGCAGUGCACCGUCCCAGGACAAGGAAUACAAGGAUGACGAACAAUUGUUAGAUAGCAGCGAUGAAACAAACUGAGUGAUGUGCACUUUGUAGGCUAAGUAUCAUUAAAACCAUAUCGUGUCCGUAGUAAAGUAUAAAUAUGCAGA